UAUAAAUAUAUAUACUUGUCUCUCUGACUGCUUCUUCCACAAAAACAUUCUAUCGGACAAUAACAAAGACAUUAGCUUCCGUACACUCGUCGUUGUCGUCAUGAUUCUCUCUCCUCGUCUUUCGACGUGCUCCCCUCUCAUUCUCUCUUUCUCCUGACUUCUCUCACUCUCAUUUUCUCUCCCUCAAUCGUCAACUUUCUGCGAUCAUCAUCAUCGAUGGACACUUCAGUCAUCGAAGAAGAAGACGAGGAGGCGUUGGCCUCGCUCGUCCCCUUUCCUCCCCGUCGCAAGAUGCAUUCCUACAGCGUCCAGUUCGACCAGAAGCCGCACCACCAGAUCCGCAAGCACAGCCUCGACGAGGUCCCACGAUCCACCACUUUAGGAAACGACGCCGUUUACUUCGAUUCCUCCGACGAGGAAUUCUCCACCGGAGGAGCCAUCGCCAUCGCCAGCGGCGAAACCGUCUCCAACGGAGGCGAGGAUUACGCCGUCGUCGCGCCUCCUCCUAACGCCAGCGUCGGAGAGGACGCCGUCGAGUCGCUCCCGGAGUUCAUCGGAGCCGGAGGCGGCGCCGGGAUCUUUAAAGUUCCUGUGCGCGCGGCGGUGCAUCCCGGACGGCCGCCGUGUCUUGAGCUGAGGCCGCAUCCGUUGAGGGAGACGCAGACGGGGAAGUUCUUGAGGAACAUUGCUUGCACGGAGACGCAGCUCUGGGCGGGUCAAGAGAACGGCGUGAGGGUCUGGAACAUGGAAGAGGUUUACGACGCAGGGUGUGGUAUCGGCGGGCAGGUACAGCGAGGGGAUGAGGAUACGGCGCCGUUUCAUGAUUCUGUUACUACUUCACCCACAAUGUGUUUGGUGGCUGACCAAAGCAACAAGCUUUUGUGGAGCGGCCACAAGGAUGGUAAGAUCCGGGCUUGGAAGAUGGAUCAGGAGGAGCCUUGUGAGGCUUCUGAUGAUUCAGAGCCUUUCAAGGAACGUAUCUCGUGGCUAGCUCAUCGUGGCCCAGUGAAUUCUAUUGUCAUUAGCUCUUAUGGUGAUAUGUGGUCAUGUUCCGAAGGAGGUGUGAUCAAAAUAUGGCCAUGGGACUCCUUAGAGAAAUCUCUUCUUAUUAAACCUGCGGAGAAACACAUGGCUGCGUUAUUAGUGGAAAGAUCUGCCAUUGAUCUCAGGACUCAAGUUACUGUCAAUGGCACAUGCAGCAUAUCUUCCUCAGAGGUCAAGUUCUUGUUAACCGAUUCAGUAAGAGCUAAAGUGUGGGCUGUGCAGUCACUCUCAUUCUCAAUUUGGGAUGCUCGGAGUAAAGAUCUCUUGAAAGUUCUAAACGUAGACGGGCAAGUCGAGUGUCGUGUUGACAUGCUACCUACGCAAGACCAACAAGGCGACGACGAGACCAAACUGAAGUUCUUCUCAGCUUCCAAAAAGGAGAAACCGCAGGGCUUUCUACAGCGGUCGCGUAACGCCAUAAUGGGAGCUGCGGGAGCUGUUCGCCGAGUCGCCACUAGAAGCGCAGGAGGGUUUGCGGAAGAUACGAGGAAAACAGAAGCGAUCGUCUUAGCUGUGGAUGGAACCAUCUGGACCGGUAACAUGAGCGGUCAGAUUGUGCAGUGGGAUGGUAAUGGAAGCCGCUUAAAGGAUGUGAAUCACCACCACAAGCCUGUUCUGUGCUUUUGCACGUUCGGAGAUAGAAUCUACGUGGGUUACGCGAGUGGAUACAUCCAGGUUUUGGAUUCUGAUGGAAAGUUAAUGGCGAGCUGGGUCUCGCACAAUGAGCCUGUGAUAAAGCUAGCGGCGGGUGGUGGUUUUAUUUUUAGCUUGGCUACUCAUGGUGGAGUGCGUGGAUGGUACGUGACGUCUCCGGGACCCUUGGAUAAUAUAAUCCGAAAGGAGCUGUCUCAGAAGGAGGCUUUGUAUGCUAGACAAGAUAAUGUUAGGAUUUUGAUUGGUACAUGGAACGUUGGUCAAGGAAGGGCUUCACACGGUGCGCUUAUGUCGUGGCUAGGCUCUGUCGCUUCAGAUGUUGGCAUUGUCGUUAUUGGGUUGCAAGAAGUAGAUAUGGGGGCAGGUUUCCUUGCCAUGUCUGCGGCUAAGGAAACGGUUGGACUUGAAGGAAGUGUUGUGGGGCAAUGGUGGAUUGAUGCAAUUGGAAAAGCACUUGAUGAGAAGAACACUUUUGAACGUAUGGGUUCAAGGCAGUUGGCAGGGCUUUUGAUCUCUCUUUGGGCGAGGAAGGAGAUUAGAACACAUGUUGGAGAUCUUGAUGUUGCGGCAGUCCCAUGUGGAUUUGGCCGUGCCAUUGGCAACAAGGGUGGUGUGGGACUGAGAAUCAGAGUUUAUGACAGAAUAAUGUGCUUUGUGAACUGCCAUUUGGCUGCACAUUUGGAGGCAGUUAACCGCAGAAACGCUGAUUUCAAUCACAUUUUUAGACUAAUGGUGUUUUCCAAAGGACACAACCUAAGUAACACAGCAGCUGGUAUGGUGCUGUUCCUGUUCUUGUCUUGCUCACUUGGCUUUUCAACAUAUUUAUUUUGGCUGCUUUAUUCUUCUGGUUUGCCAUGGGCCCUCUCUCUUGCAGCUGGUGUCUCAACAACAGCUUAUACACUAAAGACCACCACUAAUCCAACCACUGGCACUGAAGAAGUCAAGUCUGAUUUAGCAGCAGCAGACCUGAUCGCAUUCUUCGGCGAUUUUAACUAUAGGCUUUAUGGUAUAACCUAUGAUGAAGCAAGAGACUUCAUUUCACAGCGAUCCUUUGACUGGCUCAGAGAAAGAGACCAACUUAGACAAGAGAUGAAAGCUGGUAAUGUCUUCCAAGGAAUGCGUGAGGCAUUAAUCACUUUCCCUCCCACUUACAAAUUUGAAAAGAACCGUCCAGGCCUAGGAGGGUAUGAUUCAGGAGAGAAGAAGCGAAUCCCUGCAUGGUGUGACAGAGUUAUAUACAGAGACACUCAAGCAAGCCCUUUCUCAGAGAGCAAUUUGCAAUGCCCUGUAGUUUCAUCGGUUAUAAUGUAUGAAGCUUGCAUGGAUGUUACUGAGAGCGAUCACAAGCCUGUACGCUGCAAGUUUCAUGCAGCCAUAGCUCACGUUGAUAAAUCUGUGAGGAGACAGGAGCUUGGGAAUAUAAUAAGAACCAAUGAGAAAAUAAAAUCCAUAUUCGAGGAUCUAAAGUUUGUUCCGGAAACAAGUGUGAGCACUAACAGCAUUGUUCUCCAGAGCCAGGACACGGUUAUACUAACAAUCACAAACACUUCAACCACUAACAAAGCCAUGUUUAGUAUUAUCUGUGGUGGUAUUACUUUUGUCAAGGAUGAUGGUGUAGAGUCUGAUUAUACUCCACGAGGCUCCUUUGGUCUACCUCGUUGGCUUGAGGUCACGCCAGCAGCAGGGAUAAUAAGCCCGGAAGGAACCGUGGAUGUGAAGGUUCAUCACGAAGAUUUUCAAACAAUGGAAGAGUGUGUUGACGGCAUCCCACAGAGUUGGUGGUGUGAAGACACUCGAGAUAAAGAAGCAAUCCUGAUGUUGAACAUUCGAGGAAGCUGCUCAACUACAUGGACAAGCCACUCAGUCAAAGUCCGUCACUGCUACUCAGCUAGAGUGUGCCUCCUUGAAUCCAGACCUAAAAACCUAACAAAGCACCUAGGUGGUUCGCGUCGUCAUCCAACAGAUAAAAGCCGUCAUGGAAGCACUAGACCAAGAACUGAAGACUCGGUUAGCCGAGGUAAAAGCCACUGAUGAGCUUUGUGACAUUAACAGUUUAUAACUAGAUCUUUAGAGCAGAUGAACCGUCACAAAAAUAAAUGCAUCAGGUGAAGUAAUCACUUUUUUUAUUCAUUCUUUGAUUCUUUAGAAAAUACAUUUUGUGUCACAAACUGUAGAUUUGCUUUGAGACUUGAGUUAGUCUCAUCAGAGUGCAUACAUUCUCUUGUUGAGUUCA